AUGAAUAUUGGAGAUUUUGUUAAUAUUAUUAUGUCAAGAAGAAAAAAUAUUAUUAAUAGUUUGAACAAUCUCAACAACAAUAAUAAUAACAAUUCUCGACAGUACGACAACGUGGAUUACACUCAAUUGACAGAAGCUGAUCAUAAUGGAUUUGUUGAUUCACAGUUUGCAAGGCCGCCGAUUAAAAUUCCCUGGAAAGCAAUAACAUUAGCGUCAUUGUUGUUUAUCGGUGGAACUGUAAUGUUAAUUAUUGGGAGUCUUAUUGUCAGUGGUCAUAUUGAUACCAAGUACAGCGACCGUAUGUGGCCGAUAAUAAUUUUAGGGAUCCUAAUGUUUAUCCCGGGUGCUUACCACGUGAGAGUAGCACUAAUGGCGUACCGAAAAAUUCCCGGGUAUUCUUUCGACGACAUACCUGAAUUUGACUAA